UUCGGAAGCAAGGCAGGUGGGGAACGGAGAGAUUGAAAGGAUCAGAAAACGUUUUAGAUGUGGUCUUUGUUUUUAUUUGUGUUGUGAUACAGUUUGCCGGCAUCAGGAGUUUGAGGAGAUCCGUUAUGAAAAAUUCACUAAGUACGAAAGUUUAGAUAAGCUCAAGGUGGGUAAACUCCCGACUGUUGAAUAUUCAUAAGCUUCAGUAGCACAUCAAAUUGCCGGACCAUCUCAAGGGCAAACUAAGCGGUAAGGAGACGUAAUCUCACCAAAAUAUAUCUGAUGGAAUGAAAGCAUUUACGAUUGCAAACUGUAACUUCGAUUCAAACUAUAGAAAGGAAACAAACGCCACGAAUAGCAUCUAUCGUCCAAAACCAACUUCGACAAUGCACAGCCUGCGGAAACCUUUCAGGAAAAUCACUGCUAUCUUGAAGGACUAUUGUUUGAACAGUUCUCUAGCCGGCGUAAAGUACAUUGCAGACGAUAGGUAUCAUCCUGGAGAGAGGCUUUUUUGGCUGAUUUGUGUUCUGGCGUCAUCAUUCGGCUCAUACUAUCUAAUCUCUGAGUACCACUAUGAAUUUGAAAGUGGAGCGAUGAGCAUUGUGGACGAGGGUUUAGACCGUUCCAUGACUAGCAUCAACUUGCCGUCAGUUGCGAUUUGUGAAAUUGGAUACUCCAGACAACUUUAUCCAAAACUUACGGAAAUAGUAGAUAAUUUAAUUGGAAACUCCAGUUCGGAGGAGCAGAAUGACAUUGAAGAAUUUCUGAUCCGUCUCAUAUUUCAAAAUCAAUACAGCGCUGGCUCCUUAAGUCCUUAUUGCUCUAUCUGCGACGACUGUGUUCAGUGCCCUACGAAAGAUUAUCAGAAGUACGCCGACAUGGUACGGCUAAGCUGCAAGGAUCUAUUCGUGAGUUGUAUUUGGAAUGAUAAGGAAUUCGAUUGCUGUAAGUAUUUCCUACCAAUGAAAACUACUGAGGGAGGAUGCUUCAUGAUAAAUUCCAUUCAAAAAACAACGAGGGACUCAGAUAAUUGGCUACCCAUGAAAGUAGAUGCAGGACUUCCUAAGCUGAAGCUCAAAAUAAGGAAUGCUUUCUCUGCAUUCAUUAUAAAUAAGGAAGACAUCCCGCACAUCAUACCUAUGGCAUGGGAGUUUUCACUGCAGGAGCCAGGAUCACAUGAUUUUAUAAGUUUGCGUCUGCAGCAUAUGCACAACGAUGUGGAGGUUCGAACCAUUAGUCCAGAUUACAGAAGGUGUAUUUUCCCUUGGGAAAAACAUUUCGACGGUCCUUUCAAACUCUAUAGCUACAGUGUCUGUGUGGCGGAAUGUCAGCGAGAUGCUCAGAUUCGGUACUGUAAUUGCACACAUCAUAAUUUGCAUUACGAAUCGGACGAUAGUAGUUUAAGCUGCGAUUACGAAGGGCUACUUUGCCUCGACAGUAAUGGGCUCAUACAUCCCGAAUCAACAAUAUUGCAACCAUGGCGUACCGAAGGACUUGUCUGCCGUUGUUUGCCAUCAUGCACCGAGGAUGAAAUUGAUGUUGUUGAAAAGACCUCCAGCAUACAUCCCAACGAAACACAUCGAUCAAUAACGAUUGGUGUGCAAUCACUACCGACGCAGCACUAUCGUCGUCAAGUAGUGCAGGAUGGGGUGAAUAUGGUGGUGACACUUGGCGGCAUUCUAGGAUUAUUCAUGGGAGCCAGUAUAUUAAGCGCCGUGGAGCUGGUAUACUUCUUCACGAUUCGUAUUAUUGGCAGUUCCUACCUUAAGAGGAGCAAGGCACGUCAACGACGAGAGCAAACAGCACAAGGACGAAAAGGACUAAGCAAUCAACCACGCUGGCACCCUAAUGAGCACUUAACGCGAAAUAAAAGAAGCUUAAAGUCUCGAUUGCUGUCAACAAAUCAAUUACAUAGAAGAUAAAAUCCGUUUUACUGUGGAUUAUCACCCUCGCAUUAAUGACAAUGGGAACGGUUCUGGCUGUGACGUAACUGAAUGAGUUUCCUUUUGCGGUUCGUCUGCGAAAUGGGUAAAUUUGCAUUGGGCUUGAUUACAGUUUGCUCAUCCAAACUGGGAGGAUGGCUUUAAUGGGCUGCGUCAUUAAAUUCAAGGUUAUAAUCGAAGGUUGAGUUGGUAAAAAGGAGGAGAAUCAGAUAAGUUCAUUUAUUGACUGUAAGAAGUUUCGCAAGGAGCUUCGUCUUACACAGCGAGUUUGCGCUUUACAAAAUAGCAUCAGACAACCCACUGCAUUCUUCAGAUAACAAUAAUUGGAUGCACAUUCAUGCACAAGCGGAGGAAAUAAACGGAAAGAAUUUCCUUUGGAAACCUGUAACUUAUGUAUCUCAUUAAA